UUUCUUGUCUUCACAAAUUCACUCUCUAUUUGAAUCAAAUUAGAUGACAUCAUUAAUCUUAUGAUGAUUGGUUGAUGUGUAGGAGUGCAGAUUUUAUGAUGGAGAAACAAAGCUUCUCCGGAUUGGCGAGAACAAUGUCCGACCAACUGGUGGAGGCGGUGACGGCAGCUUUCAAGUCACCGCCGACGCCAAGCGGCGGGUCAGAUGGUGGUGGAAGCAGUAGUACACUAUCGAGGAAGUCAAGCAAACAAGUGUUGGUACCGGCUUCGCCGGUUCGUAGUAGCAAGAACACACACAUUAGGAAGGCAAGGAGUGCACAAAUGAAGUUUGAGCUGGAUGAGCUGAGUAGCGGCGCGGCUCUUAGCCGAGCCUCCAGUGCCAGCUUGGGCCUCUCCUUCUCCUUCACCGGCUUCACUAUGCCACCGGAGGAUGUCGCGGAUUCGAAGCCGUUUAGCGACGAUGAUAUUCCUGAAGAUAUUGAAGCAGGAAUUCAGAGGGAAAAGUUUCAGAUGGAACCAACAUUGCCAAUAUACAUCAAGUUCAAAGAUGUCACUUACAAGGUGAUUAUCAGAGGAAUUACUACGACUGCUGAGAAAGAGAUCUUGAAUGGGAUUACUGGCUCAGUAAAUCCAGGUGAAGUUUUGGCUCUCAUGGGACCUUCAGGAAGUGGAAAGACAACACUCCUAAACCUGCUAGGUGGGAGGUUAACUCACGAUAACAAUGUUGGUGGUUCAAUUACUUAUAAUGACCAGAAAUACUCCAAAUUUCUCAAGAGUAGGGUAGGCUUUGUCACUCAAGACGACAUUCUGUUUCCUCACAUAACGGUAAAGGAAACACUGACAUAUGCAGCACGACUCCGACUUCCCAAUACAUUGACAAAAGAGCAAAAGGAAAAACGGGCAAUAGACGUUAUCCAUGAGCUAGGCUUAGAGAGGUGCCAAGACACUAUGAUUGGUGGCUCUUUCGUACGUGGAGUAUCAGGAGGAGAGAGGAAAAGGGUUUGUAUAGGCAAUGAGAUCAUAAUCAACCCUUCACUUUUGUUUCUUGACGAGCCAACCUCUGGCUUGGACUCCACCACUGCUUUGAGGAUUGUUCAGGUGUUACAAGACAUAGCAGAGGCAGGGAAAACAGUGGUGACGACCAUCCACCAGCCUUCAAGUAGACUCUUCCACAAAUUUGACAAGUUGAUACUCCUUGGGAAGGGGAGUUUGCUCUAUUUUGGAAAAGCAUCAGAAGCAAUGACUUAUUUCUCAUCAAUAGGAUGCAAUCCUCUAAUUUCUAUGAACCCAGCCGAGUUCUUGAUUGACCUGGCCAAUGGAAACAUCAUUGAUAUCUCCAUACCAUCUGAAUUAGAGGACAGAGUGCAAAUGGGGAAUUCAGAGAUUGAAAUCCAACAUGGGAAGCCAUCUCCAGCAGUUGUGCAUGAGUACCUGGUGGAGGCAUAUGACACAAGAGUUGCAGAAAAUGAGAAGAAUAAACUUAUGGAUCCCAUUCCCCUUGAUGAAGAAGUGAAAUCAAAUGUUUCUUCACCAAAGCGAGUAUGGGGAGCAAGCUGGUGGCAACAAUAUGCCAUAUUAUCCUGUAGAGGAAUCAAAGAAAGGCGGCAUGACUACUUUAGCUGGCUGAGAAUCACCCAAGUCCUCGCUACAGCAACUAUUUUGGGAUUACUUUGGUGGCAUUCAGAUUGUGAUAACCCCAAAGACCUUCUAGAUCAGGCAGGGCUGCUUUUCUUCAUUUCUGUUUUUUGGGGAUUUUUUCCCAUCUUCACUGCAAUUUUUGCCUUCCCUCAAGAAAGAGCAAUGCUGAAGAAGGAACGUGCAGCUGAUAUGUACAGGCUAAGCGCAUACUUCCUAGCUAGGACUACCAGCGACCUUCCACUUGACCUAUUACUACCAACACUUUUCCUUCUGGUGGUCUACUUUAUGGCCGGUUUGAGAUUGAGUGCUGGACCCUUUUUCCUUACCAUGCUAACAGUUUUCCUCUGCAUCGUAGCAGCUCAGGGACUAGGACUAGCAAUUGGGGCUACAUUGAUGGACAUGAAAAAGGCCACGACUCUGGCUUCUGUAACAGUGAUGACUUUCAUGUUGGCUGGUGGAUACUUUGUUAAGAAAGUUCCAGUUUUUGUAUCUUGGAUUCGCUAUAUGUCCUUCAAUUACCACACUUACAAGCUCCUUCUCAAGGUGCAGUAUGAACCCAUCACGCCCUCUGUAAAUGGGACAAGAAUAGACAGUGGUUUAACAGAGGUUGUGGCACUGGUAACAAUGGUUAUUGGCUACCGUUUAUUGGCAUACCUUUCCUUGAGAAGGAUGAGCUUGCAAGGAGCAUAAAGAUACUACAUACUUCACAGCAACAUAAAUCUGGAAACAUCAGCUUCCAUUUCCUGUGCUUCAUGAAGUACUUUUGGGGUUCAAGUUUCAUAAAUAUUAAGGGAAGCUCGCAAAGAUCACCAAUCCUUAACUUUUGGGUUUCCACCCUAAAUGCUAAAUGCAAGGUAGUAGAUCUGAAAAGGAUCAUUCCACAUAUUGCUAGGCAUGCAAAAGAAGUUUUCCACAUGGAUCAUAAACUCCUGUCUGAAUGUUGUUUACAUAUUUAAGGCAGUGAUAUAAGGCUUGUCAAACUAUGUUCUAUUUUUCCGAUGAAGAAAUAUAUUUUCGAUAAUUCUAUGCAGCUUAAUAAUCCAUAAGAAAGUUAUUUUUGAUUGAGCAUAUAUGUUAGUAAAUUAGAAAAGAAGGGGGGAAAGGGAAAAGGAGGAAGUGGGGAGAGGAUAAAAAAAAUAAAAUAUCUAGAAGACCUCUAAAAGUUUAGGUACAUUUAGUUCCAGCAUAGAAGACAUAA